AUGACGGAAGCAGAACACCCCGCUAUUCGAAUCACCACACCCAAUAAAACAUUGAAAGGUCAUGAAGAUGGUGUCUUGUCAGUUGCAGCCUUCCCCGAUAGACGCCGUAUGGUGACAGCCUCGUUCGACAAGACGCUUCGUCUGUGGGACUUAGAAGACGGUGUUGUAUUAAAGAUAAUGGAAGGGCAUCGCUUCAGCGUACGAAAAGUUGCAAUAUCAAGAGACGGGCAAUUAAUAGCAAGUGGUGAUGAUGGUGGAGAGCUCAUCGCCUGGAACAGACAUGGCGAAUCUCUCACCAAACCCAUGAAGAUCCACUCCAACGAGGUUUUCUCGCUCGACUUUUCCCCAGACAGCACAUUACUGGCGAGCGGCUCAUUUGAUGCCACAGUGGAGCUGUGGAACACCAAAACAUGGCGGGUGCAAGGAAAUCCAAUCAGUUGCGGCAAUGAAAUCGGUGGUGGCGCAGAAAUUCACUGUGUUCGGUAUUCACCGUCAGGUGAAUAUCUUGCUAUCGCAACUAACUCGAAUAUCGAAAUAUGGAAUCUAGGCAAGAGGAAUCGCAUCGCAAAGUUCUUGGGUCACUCUGCGUUUGAUGGAUCAUGGAAUCUUUCACUCGCAUGGAUGCUUGAUGGCACACGUGCACGGCUGUUCUCAACGGGUUCCAAUCGAGAUCCCACCAUAAGGGAGUGGGAUACAUCGACCUGGAAGCAGGUCGGUGAGCCCUGGAAGGGCCAUUCUGGGCCUCUCAACAUGAUUGCCUUGAACCCUACUGGCACCCUUCUCGCAUCUGCAUCUGACGACAAUCAGGUUCGCCUUUGGCAGCUUUCGGAUCAACAAAACAUCGCCAUAUUCAAACACACCAAUGAGGUAUAUUGUGUCAUGUUCUCCGCGGAUGGCAAGCACAUUCUUAGUGGAGGAGGAGAUAGUAUGAUCUCAAAGUGGGCAGUACCUUCGCUAGAGGACAUUUUCGGGGACCAGGCAUUAGAUGCAAGUGUUGUUCAUUUUACGUCUCUUCUUCAUUUCAUUUUGUUCAAGGAUGCAUUACGGCUGAAUCAACAAGUGGCAAAUAAUAUCCUCGCCAUCAACACGACAGCUCGUGAUGCAUGUAUCACUGGGGACUUGCCUACUGCCGACAGACUGUUAACAAAAGAUAUUGGUGUCGAUAGCAACGACUACAACUCUUAUGCGAAUCGCUCGUUUGUCAAGGCAAGAAAUUCAGACUGGGAUCACGCACUUGAUGACGCGCUCAAAAGCAUCAGUAUUCAGCCAUCCUUGAUGGGUUGUAUAUCCAAGGGCAUCGCUCACUGUGGAAAACAACAAUUACAGGACGCGAUGAAAGCAUUUGACCUGGCAUUCUUGUACGUGGACACGGACUUGAAUAAAACUCGUCUUCUACUCUUGAUUAAAGCCAUCGCCCUUUUCAAUGCAAAUCAACAUGACGAGGCGAUACUGCGCGUUCAAGAGCUAGCUACCACUCGCCCCGAUCCAAAUUCUCAUGCGUGUGGUAUCGUGGAAGCUUAUCUACACGUCCAACUGGGAAUCAAUGCGUUAGACGACGCACGUCACAAUGAAGCGGCUGACCACUUCACUACUGCCGUCAACACUAUCGAUUUCUCAUCUAUGUCGGCCAUCCAUUCUGGAUACGAUGUCUUCGUGGUGUUAUUCGGGUGGGACCUCCGGUCCUUGUGGCGAACUGCACACCAGAAUUGGUGUGAUGCGCUCCUUCGGGCAGGUAGACUUCCAGAAGCCAUCAAAGCAUACCGAUACACGAUGGACAGGGCUGAUGAGGCUACGAAAGCACGCUGCAUUGAUUGGCCUACUGGCAAGUCUUCUGUGCUCUAUGCUACCGCCGGAGUGACUGACCUCGCUGCGGGCGGAGAUGAUGCCCUUGCUGCGGAUGAUUAUGACAGGGCUAUCGAACUUUACUCUGCGGCGAUCGACCUUGAUUUGGCAACCGAUACAAUCUUUGCAAACCGCAGUAAGGCGAGGUCGGGAAAACUGCUAUGGGACGAUGCACUCCUCGACGCGGAAAAGGUCAUCGAACUCGACCCCUCAUCUUACUCCGGAUAUCAGUUGAAGCAUGCGGUACUUCAUGGCGCACACCGAUACGAUGAAGCCAUCGAGGCGUUCAAAAUCAUGCUAUCCAAGUUGGAAAAUACUCCUGACACGGAAACAAGAAACUUGCGCCAACAGCAUAUUAGUCUAUCCGAAGCAGAACGUGCUAUUGAAGAGAGCAUCAAGGCCCAACUCGACGACGCCCCACAUCGUCUAAUCAACACCUCCACUGGGCGCUUACACAAUCGCGAGGCACAGAUCGAUGCCUUCAAAAUGAGCACGGAGUACAAGGAACUUUUGUCAUCCACAAUGAAGGAUGUAGAUCUUCCAUUGCACCGCAUCCAAGAUGUGGUGGCGGGGUACUUCCAAAAGGUGGUGUACGACUUGGAUCCAGUCGGCGGCAUCGCGAAGUUGCAGUCGUUCUGCAAAACUGCUCGUGAUAAAGGGUAUCGCUGGGCAUGGAUCGAUACCUGUUGCAUUGACCAGACUAACAACGUCGAGGUCCAACAAUCGGUCAACUCCAUGUUUGUCUGGUAUCGCCACUCAGCACUCACCAUCAUCUACCUGUCGGAUGUUCCGCCUUCGUCGCAGCCUGGGGCACUCGCAAGUAGCGCUUGGAACACGCGAGGAUGGACAGUUCAAGAAUUCUUGGCUCCGAAAUUUGUACUCUUUUACCAGAAGGAUUGGUCCCUAUAUCUCGGCGAUCGCUCUCCCAACCACAAGGAUCCCUUGCAAUCAUGCAGAGAUGGGAGAUGCGACGGGAAUCAAUGCCCAAGCCCUCGUCGCCUUCCGUCCGGGGAUGAGAGACGCCCGGAGAAACUCCAAUGGGUGUCGGCGUGUCACUACGUGGCAGGAAGAUAUCGCAUACUCAUUGUUUGGUAUCUUCGACGUCAACUGCCUGUCAUUUAUGGAGAGAAGAAGCAAAAGCGCUUGGGAGGCUCUUGCAGGAGGUUGUAG